AGCAGUCAUACAUGAUGAAAUUUCUGCCAGACAUGCUGAGAUCCGAUCAGAAGCUGUGGUAUCUGAGGGUGGGAAAGAAAUUUCGUAAUUACAUUUCGGUUAAAGCUGUAGUGUUACCAUGAACUAAGAAGCCAAAAUGCACCUUGUCAAUCUGAUAAUACCACGUGUCAGUGAGAGAACUGCAACAAUCUGGUCUGUUCUAGGUCCCAGGUAGUAUUGUUAAGUGGUUUACAAAAUAAAUGAGAAACAAUUUUUUCAGCUUUAGAGAUUUUCAAAUAGAGUUUAUUCUGGCAGGGCAGAAUACAGGGCAGUAGAUGAACGCAGGUAACCUUAUAUUUUGUUAAUGUGUGUGUGAAUGGUGCUCUGAAAUAGUCAGGCAUUCUAUCCAGUGUUUAUUUCUGCCUUGUACACGUUGUUCCCUGACCAGGAUAAAGUGCAUACUGACGAUGGAUGAAUAUGAAGAUUGGUUUGUAGUAGUGAAAACUACAGAUACACAAGAUACAAGAUAGGAGUGUUUAAAAACAUUUGUCUCAUACUGUGAUGGCUCAUGCUGACGGGCUCUCAAAGGGAAUAACGACUCACCACCUCAGGAAGGGCAUCCGAUUCUAUGUGAAUGAGAAUAAGGUAAAACCUGAAGUCAGUGGCCAGACCAGGCCGCUGCUUUUGAUGCUCCCGUGGCUCAACUCGAGGCCUCAGGCUCAGGAAAAGUACUGCGAGAUCUACCUUAGAACAGGCUUUGAUGUGCUGGUGGUAGAGAGCAACCUGGGUCAUUUCCUGUGGCCUCGCUGGGGCCUGGAGUACAGUGCACAAGUGCUACAGGUGCUGGAGAGCGAAACGUUCUCAAAGCGUCCCGUGGUGGUCCAUGCCUUUUCCGUCGGAGGAUACACGUUCGCUCAGCUGAUUGUCCAUGUGGCCAGAGACACUCAGCGCUAUCAGGGCCUAAUCAACAGAGUGAAAGGGCAGAUCUAUGACAGUCUGGUUAUCGGCUCACUGGAUCACAUGGCUAUAGGUGUGAGUAAGACCCUGUUCCCUCGCUUGGAGCACCUGGUAAAGUACACCAGCCUCCUUUACUUCCACAUGUUUAAACGACAGACGGUGGACUACUUUAAUACGAGUAUUGACGUGUUCUGGGACACGCCGCUGACCUCUCCUGCACUUUACUUCUUCUGUGACAACGAUGUGAUGUGUGACCUGAAGGCCACGCACAAUCUAAUGGAGCACUGGAAGAGGCGGGGUAUUACUGUUACGAGUAAGAGGUGGAAAGAGUCAGUCCACGCUGGACAUCUGCGCAUCCAUCCUCAGGAGUACCUGUCAGUCCUAGAACACUUCCUUUGUUCUCUCGACAUGCUACCUCUAAAAUCCAAAAUGUAAACGAUUGCUAAUAGAGUGACAAUCAUUUAUCUUAUUAAUAGUACUAGGAACUGUUUUUCUUUUCAAUGCAAUACUUCAGGGGGAAUUCCUUUUUCAAUGUUUCUUUAAAUGUUCCAAAUUAUUUUGAGCCAAAUAUGAAACACUAUUAUAGCAUUGAUACUGAGAUUUUUUGUACUUCUUUUUCCUCUAUGUUGUGUUUCUGAAAUGUUUAAGCAGCAUUAAUAUUUCAAUAUAUUCAUUACAAAUAUUAAUAAUUUGUAUUAGUGUAUACCGGUGAAUUGAUAGGAUGCUAACCUAUAGUUAUUUAUACCUAAAAUAAUUUUAUGAAUAAAUAUUUUUUAUUAUCGAGA